AUGGAACACGAGUCUGCGACAGAGGUCAUUUCCGUCGGACAAGUGAAUGUAGAGCCCACUCAAGUCGACCCAUCUCAAACAACAAACGAUGUGGACAUGACUGCGUCACUUUCUCCAAAUCCAUCCGACACGCCCGAUGAUGCUCCACUGGAAGAGCACCUGAUGACCUCCCAGAGGAGCUUCCAAUUGGUUACGGGCAACCGGUUUGGUCCUGCAGCGAAACGACCUUUAUCAUUGUCGCCUCGAUCCGCACCACUCUCGACGAACAAUCGAUAUGCCAUUCUCGAAGAAGAGGACGUGGAGCUGUCUAUGGACGACUUUGUUCUCCCCCGUAUCGUGCUGACGGAUGCCAACUUUCGUCGACCUACGAAAGUACAAGGCAAGAAGCAGCGCACCAACAAAUCCAAGCAUGCUCACUUGGAACGUGCACAAUGGGCAAUUCGCGACAAGAAAGUGGUCAGAAUCAUCGUCGAAUGCAAGAGCGUUUUGCUCCAGGAGCACCAAAUCAUCGCUCACUCGAUGUUCUCCUGUGCAGACGACUUUGACCUGUUCAUUUCGCUGACAACAACCCGGGCCAUCGAGCGCGAGAUGGCCAAGCACACUUGCUUGAUGAAGAGGAUAACUACAAGGCCGAUGGAUUUGUUCCUGGAGAAUCGCGCACCUGACCUCUACAACAAUGCUGACGCACUCGAUUCAUUGCUGCGUAAGACAGCCACUCGAUGCAAGGCAUCCAACCAAUUGACGGACUGGACCAUUCUACACGUUGUGGCCACGCUACACUCGACCCUCGAAUCGUUCAAGUUGCCUGGUCCUAUCCUCACGGCACUGAAGGCACUUGUUCACAUCACCGACAACGUCGAAGUCGAGUCCAUUUGUGACGACGCGACACAUUCUAUCCAUGCAGCCAACUACAGUGAGCUCCUCGACCUCGAGAACGACCUGUAA